CUCUUGCUAGCUCUUCUUUCAGUUAGUCCUGACGAAGGGUCUCGACCCGAAUCGUCGACUGUACCUCUUCCUAGAGAUGCUGCCUGGCCUGCUGCGUUCACCAGCACUUUUUGUGUGUGUUGCUUGAAUUUCCAGCAUUUGCAGAUUUCCUCGUGUUUGAGCUGAUGAAUAUUCCGUUGUUGCCGAUCUCUAUCUUUAUUUGGUAAUUCGACAUGUUGUUCUGCUCUCAUUUCAUCUCGCUCGUUCUGCUGGCGUCGCUGGGAGCUCCAGAGAAAUGGAAAGUAGUAAAUGGGACCAUUGGCUCAUCGGUUUUUCUGGAUCCUGAACACCAAGGUGAUCUCAGCAGGAGUGAAAUUUUAUGGACCUUCACUGGCAGCAACAAAAGUCUUGUUACUAUUUUGGAUUACGUUCCAGAUGAACCUGUGGAGAAACCAUAUGAACAAUUCAGAUCCCGUUUACAGUUUAACGCUUCUACUGGCUGUCUGCUGGUAGACAGGAUAAAACCUGAGGAUCAAGGUGUUUAUAAUUUUGUUGUAGAUGAGAGAAGAACAUCUACAAUAGAAUUGCUUCUGUUCUAUAAGCUGUCGAAAACUUUCAUAAGGAGCUAUAGCGACCCUGGCAACACCAUCCAACUCACCUGUGAGGUUGAUGGAAAUCCUCAUAAAUAUGAAUGGCUGAAAAAUGGAGGGAAAAUCUCACAGCGUCACUGGUUAAUUAAUGAAAGCAGAAGCCUCAUCAUCUUGACAGACUUGACAAAUGAAUGUGGAACAUACACCUGUGUUGCUACCAAUCCUGUCAGCUCUGUCCAGGCAAAUUACACCAUAAAUACCCCAGGUAUUUCUGGUGAAGACUCUAUAAUUAUUAUUGCGUCAAUCACAGCACUGGUAUCAUCUUUGGUAUCUUAUAAUGGAUUCUUGCUUCGGUCAUGGUUGAAGAAGAAAUCAAACCAAGUGUUUCAGAGCCUCGUUAUUUGCAACAUUUUGUCUGUUGUUGGUGCCUUCGUUGCCCUCAUCUCCUGGAUUGUGAUUAAAGGUGCUGUCUUUCUACCCGUUGUUGCAUUAUGCACUGUCUCUGCCCUGUUUUUGGCCAUAAUUACACCAAUUGUCAUUCUGAAAUUUGGCUGCUCCUUUAAUGGGAAAUUCCAAGGGAAAAAAGGAUCUCAACAUUUCAUUGCCUUGAGUGGUUUCAUUAUAAUCCCCAUUUCAAUCACUCUCCUAAAGGAAGAGGUUCAGGAAAACAAUCAAAGUUGUCACACCACCAUCUUAACAUGGAGCAUACCGAUUGCAUUAUUGCUCAGCUGUGUUAUUAUAACGUCUGUGUUCUUUGCAACAUAUCGCUACAGGAACAAACAUGCAAGCAUUGAAGUAAGACAGCAGGAUAAUGAAGACUUAUAAGAUUUCAGUAUUAUUGACAUAGAGCUGGAUGCUGCAGCCGAUUCACUUCAGACUCUUUAAAAUGGAUAUGACGGGUAUCAAUUUUGAAACUGGGUACCAGUGGAAAAAC